AUGGCAGAAAGAAUACUACAAGAUAUAGCUGAACAAAAAAAGCGUCUUGAAAUAGCGCAAAUCAAUAAAAACACGGAAGAGAAAGCAGAUGCCUACUACAAUCUAGCCAGAGCUUAUUCAUUCCUCAGUGACUUUCAUCAAGAAAUAGAGUACCUCAAGCAAUACCUGAGCAUAGCUGAGGAAGUCGGUGACAGAGCAGGAUCAGCAGGAUGGGCCUAUAACAAUCUCGGCUGUGCUUACGAUUCACUCGGUGACUCCCAAAGAGCAAUAGAGUACCACAAUCAACACCUCAGGAUUGCCAAGGAAGUCGGUAACAGGGCAGGUGAAGGAUGUGCCUAUGGAAACCUCGGUCUUGCUUAUCACAACCUUGAAGAAUUCCAACGAGCAAUAGAGUACCAGAAUCAACACCUCAGCAUUGCCAAGGAAGUUGGUAACAGGGCAUGUGAAGGCAAAGCCUAUGGCAGUCUCGGCGAUGUUUAUCACAGCCUUAAAGAAUUCCAACGAGCAAUAGAAUACAACAAUCAACACCUCAGCAUUGCCAAGGACGUUGGUGACAGGGCAAGUGAAGGCAAAGCCUAUGGCAAUCUCGGCAAUGUUUAUCACAGCCUUGAAGAAUUCCAACGAGCAAUAGAAUACCACAAUCAACACCUCAGCAUUGCCAAGGAAGUUGGUGACAGGGCAAGUCAAGGCAGAGCCUAUGGCAAUCUCGGCAAUACUUAUUCCGUUCUUGGGGAAGACCAACGAGAGUAGAGUACGCCGAGAAAUACCUCACCAUUGCCAAGGAAGGUGGUAACAAGGCAGAGGAAGGCAGAGCCUAUUUCAAUCUCGGCCUUGCUUAUAUCCGCCUUGAAAACUUCCCACUAGCAAUGGAGUGCCACAAGAAACACCUGAGCAUUGCCAAGGAAGUCGGUGACAGAAAAGAAAAAGGACGUGCGUAUUUACACAUCGGCGACGUUCAUAGAUCCCUCGGCGACGUGCAACGAGCAAUGGAGUACUUCAAGCAAUGCCUGAGCAAUGCCAAGGAAAUCGGUGACAGGGAAGGACAAGUAGGUGCCUAUUGCCACCUCGGGAAAUGUUAUAGAGAUCUCCACGACUUGAAGGAAGCAAUAGAGUGUUACAAGCAACACCUGAGAAUUGCCGAGGAGAUCGGUAACAGGAGAGCAGAAGCAUGUGCACAUCGCGGUCUGGGUCACUCUUUUUUUGAAUCACAUUCUUUGAAUGAGGCUUUAGAACAUUAUAGAUGCUGUGUUAAAAUCUAUGACACUAUUAGAUCCAAUUCUAUCUCGGAAGAUCAAUUGAAAAUAAGUUUUCGUGCGAGUAAGAGAGAUGCCUAUACUCACUUAUGGCAAGUUUUAGUAAUGCUUCAAAGGAAUGAUGAGGCUUUAUACACUGCUGAGAGGGGACGAGCACAGGCUUUGCUUGAUGCCUUAAAAGUAACUUAUGGUCUUACAUCACUUUCUCCCAGGUCAAUUGAAUCUGAAGAAAAAGUUAGAAAUAUUUCAAGGAAGACAACUGUUUUAACAGUUUUCCUUGCCCUGCACGAGAAAACAGUCAAUAUCUGGGUGUUGGGAAAAGAGGACAAACCUAUUUUUAGGCAAGAGAAGAUAGAAAUUGGACUUGAACACGAAGAUUCCUUUACUCUCCUUUUAGAGAAUGUUUUGAAAGACAUUAGGGCUGGCGUCGGUAUUAGGUGCGAAAAUCGGUCAAUGGAUAGGCUGAGUGAUGACUCAACUCCCUCAAGUACUCAAGACGACAAUCAAACAUCGGAGCUAUCACAGGAGAGCACCGACAGGGCUGGCGUCGGUAUUAGGUGCGAAAAUCGGGGCGAAUUACAGCCAUUAUAUGGUGCAGUUCUUGGUCCCAUUAAAGACUUGCUUGAUGGUGAUAAACUAAUUGUAGUUCCUGAUGGCGCUUUGUCUAAAUUUCCUUGGGCAGCCCUGAGUGAAACUUUAAGGAUCCGGACUGUUCCCUCACUGACAAGUUUGAAAGUCAUCACAGAUUCUCCAAGUGAAUACCACAGUAAAAGUGGAGCCCUGCUUGUUGGAGAUCCAUGCUUGAAGAAAAUUACAGAUAAAUGGGGGAACCCCAUUUAUGAUCCUCUGAACUACGCAAGAAUGGAAGUGGAGAUGAUUGGAGAAAUUCUAAAGAUUCAACCUUUAACAGGUGAAGAUGCAACCAAAGAAGCUACACUACAGAGAAUCGCGUCAGUUUCUUUGGUUCACAUCGCAGCCCACGGAAGGAAGGAAACUGGAGAAAUUGUUUUGGCUCCAGACCCCCGAUGGGGAUCCAAGACUCCUACGGAGGAGGACUAUAUUUUGAAAAUGUCUGAUAUCCAAGCUGUGAAGCUGAGAGCAAGGCUAGUUGUGUUAAGUUGUUGCCAUAGUGGUCAAGGACCGGUCUCGUCUGAGGGUGUGGUCGGUAUGGCACGUGCUUUCUUGUUUGCAGGUGCUCGUUCCGUGCUGUCGACACUCUGGGCAAUUGAUGACGAAGCCACAAUGAUGUUUAUGAAAUCUUUCUAUCAACAACUUGCAAGCGGAGAAAGUGCAAGUGUUGCUCUUCAGAGGGCCAUGAAAUGUCUUCGAGACUCCCACGAUUAUUCUGCUCCAAAGUACUGGGCUCCUUUUAUUCUGAUGGGCGAUGACAUUAAGAUUGAAUUGGAAAAAGAGUCAUUGAGCAAGUCGUAA